AUGGACUUGCCGCAUGUGUUCACUGAACGGUUAUUGCUCCCCUUCCUAUGGCAGUGGCUGUGCUAUGCCAGCUUUGCUGUGUCCCUGUCGCUGUCACUGUACUGCAUAACCCAGCAGUUCCUGAACUAUAGGAAACCGAACGAACAAAGACUCGUCAUUCGGAUCCAGUUGCUGGUCCCCAUCUUCAGUGUUACAUGUGUCAUAGCGACGAUACACCCGGUUUGGUGUCAGCUAUACCUAGAUUCCUUUAGGGAGUUCUACGAGGCAUUCGUCAUAUACACCUUCUUCUCGCUGCUGACGCUGAUACUGGGCGGGGAGCGGAGGAUCAUCACAGAGUUGGCCCUUGGCAGGAAACCUGUCCCAUACGUGGUCCCCUGGCACGGACCGAUAGAUCUCUCUGAUCCGUCGGACUUUUUAACCGUGAAGAGAGGCAUCCUGCAGUAUGUCUGGUUCAAACCUUUUUACUGCCUGGGUCUCCUCAUCUGCCAAGUCUGGCGGUUUGAGAACUUACAGUUCUGGCUUGUCAUACUGUACAACAUGUCAGUGACCUGGUCCCUGUACAACCUGGCGUUGUUUUGGACUUGUCUAUAUGACGUGUUAAAGAAGUAUAAUCCAUGGAGUAAGUUCCUGUGCGUGAAGCUUAUCAUCUUUGCAUCGUACUGGCAGGGCAUUAUACUACAGAUACUGAACUACGCGGGGGUUCUGGACAAGUACAGUGACGGAACGCCGGGGGAACUCACCGGCUAUGUGUUCCAAAACGGUCUUCUCAGCGUCGAGAUGGUCGGGUUUGCGAUUUUUCACGCUGUGGCGUUCCCCUGGUCGCCGUACUCCAUCCAGAGCCUACCGAAUGGUGCUAGGAUGAAUCUUUACUACGCACUGAGAGAUUGCUUUGGUGGAGCGGACCUACUGUGGGACUUUAAGCAGACAUUGCUCGUCGGGGACGAAUACUACAACUUCAAGAACUUUGACCCUAACGAGCCGCAGUCGCUAACUCACAGCAACAACUCCAAGACCACACUCAACAGAAUAAACCAGGGAUUCCGGUUCUCCCAUGGCGGGAGGGAGAGUUACUGGAUGAAUUACGGGAGCAUUGACGCGGAGGCAAAUACGUCCUUGACCCCCGCUGCUGCUCGAAUCGAGGCGGAACCUUGUGAAAUCAUUAGUUCUGGGGACGGUUACAUCCCAGAGGAUAAGCGAUACCCAGUCAGUUGGGACACAAUGGGCCACCGGUUUUCGCGGAACAUGAACGGUAUAAGAAGGGACAUUGAAAGCAGGCUUUCAACGUAA